AUGCUGUUCAUGUAUUUACCAAAGUCCACGAUGCCACGUAAACACAAUAAUGCUAGUGCCGUUGAUGUUGUGGCCGCCCCAAAGCGACGAGUGCCACCCAAGCCCAAGUCCCUCAAAGAUCGCAUUGUAUCUAUCGUCAUAGAGUCAUCAAUCAUGCUGGGGGCGCCAACGAUCAAGAAGAAACUCGUCCACGACUUCGGCCUAGUGAAUUCCAAAGCAUUCAACACCAACGUCAACAAGGCGCUCAAGGAAUUGGAUGACGACGACGAUCGAAAAGACUUUGGCAAAUGCGGAGGCUCGUACCACGCUGGCCCAACCAGCGCCGCGUACUUGGCACAUGUGGCGAAGGAGCAGGAGGCGGGCCAACUGGAAGCAUACAAGCGAGAAGGCCGCGUUUUGUGCUGCCAUUGUAACCAGUGGACACUCAACGAGUUCAUCCGAGAGGACUACGUAGCUCGGGGCGCAGAAUGCCUGUGUUGUGGCUGCAACAAGACGUACUUUACAUGGAUUUCGGACGGAUACACUGAAGGGCACGAAGUGGAAUACCGAUUUGGCGAUGGACGUGAAGAAUACAAGCAGAUUCUGCAUUGA